AUGCUGUUGGUAUUCGACUGCCGGUAUGUCACGACUACAAGUGGAAUGUUUGAAGCUUUGUGCAACCAUAUCAAAUAUAGCACUAAUAAAGGAAAUAUCAGAUCAGCGAUUACAAUAUUUCCGCAGCGCAACGGGGCGCAGCGAGACUUCCGCAUAUGGAACGCGCAACUAAUCAGCUAUGCAGCUUAUCGAGGCCCUGGGGACACCAUCUUAGGCGAUCCUAUGAAUUUGGAGUUUACGGAGCUGUGCACCAGAUUGGGAUGGCGAGGACAUGGUACUCGAUGGGAUAUUUUGCCUUUAGUUCUGAGUGCUGGUGGGCAUGAUCCUGAUUAUUUUGAUAUUCCUGAGGAAUUGAUAUUACAAGUUCCGUUAACGCAUCCCAGAAUCCAGCAGUAUGUUGCCAAAACAGUUUCAGAUAUUCAAAUUACAGAAAAUAAUGUUUACUUAUUAAUGCUGAAUUAUACAAAAAACUUAAUAGAUCAUUUUAUUAAAACUCAAUAA